AUGGUUGCUGUCAAGAUUGGGGAUAGCAAGGAGGAGUACCACUUAUUGCUGGAUUCUGCUGCGAGCAACACAUGGGUCAUGGGACAGGAUUGCGCGACCGAUGCGUGCAAGACGCAUAACACUUUUGGCAAGGGAGAUUCCAGCUCGUUAAAGACACAGGAUACGCCUUUCAGCGUGACCUAUGGUACUGGCUCGGUUUCUGGAACCCUCGCUUCGGAUACUGUACAUGUCGGCUCCCUCUCUUCCGCCUUGACAUUUGGACUGGCAACCAAAGUCUCGGAAGAGUUCGCAUCGUACCCCAUGGACGGCAUACUUGGCAUUGGACGUGGUGUGAAGAUCGAAGGCAGCAUAGAUGCUCCACAGCUCAUGGAUGUUUUGUCUAGUAACAAACUCAUCGGCGCUAAGCUUUACGGGAUACACCUUAGUCGUGGCAGAGAUGGCACCCAGGACGGCGAAUUGAAUUUUGGUGAAGUCAACAAGGACAGAUUCAGCGGAGACCUCAACUAUCUCGAUAUCAUAGAAAACGAUAACGGCUUCUGGGAGGUCCCUAUUGAGAAUGCAGGCGUUGACGGCGUGCAAGUUGGUUUGACCGGGCGCAGCGCGAUUAUCGACACUGGCACGUCCUUCAUCCUGAUGCCCGAACCUGACGCUGUCAAAAUCCACAGCCGGAUCCAGGGCUACAAGCAGGACGCCGAGACCUUCAGUGUGCCGUGCGAUACCGCUGCGAUCAUCCAGUUCUCUUUCAACAAGCAAGUCUACAACAUCUCCACAGCAGACUGGCGGGGCGGGAAACUAGACAGCGGUUUGUGUCGAAGUAAUAUCAUUGGGCGUCAGACGUUCAAGGACUCGCAAUGGCUCGUGGGCGAUGUGUUUCUUAAGAACGUUUACUCCGUGUUCGAUUUCGACCAGAAGCGCGUUGGGCUCGGUAGCGGCAUGCAAAAGGGCGAGGCUCCAUCGGCGGCAAAGGCGCCGUUCCUCGCCAUCGUAGUCGCUUUUGCGGCGUCUUCAUUGUUUAUAUUAGCAUAG